AUGGAGUCCCGCACACCUCUUGAAGGUCCGGAAGGCACAGAGACAGCCAAGCGGAGAAAGAAGAACGUCUCUAGAGCUUGCAUAGUUUGCCGUAGACGUCGGACUAAAUGUGAUGGUCAACCACGAUGCGCCACUUGCAAAUCGUUUGACGAGGAAUGCAUCUAUGAUCCGGACCAAGAUGGACGUAAACCAGCGACGAAACUCUACGUCCAAGCUCUGGUAAAUCGUGUCAGGACUCUUGAAGAGCAGUUGGCCCUUGCCACUGAGUCACCUAGUCCUACGCAACAGGCGCAACGUUCGGUCGGACGAAGCAGACCCAUCGAUACCAGAGAGUCUAGGAUCAAUCUGGCCGGGACGCUCAUAGUGGAAAAGGAUUCUUUCACACACCAUGGACCAACUUCAGCUUUCAUGCAUUUACCAGAUUCCUUGGUUCGUGAUCGUAGAGACUCCGAGGGACCGAGUGGAUCCUGGAACCCUAGCUUGUGGCCGCAAUCGCCAGGCGGUUCAGCCAUCGAUUGGGUAUCCCUACCAUGGGAUCGACAUCUUCCCAAGGGGAUCAUUCAAACGCCUUUUGUGCAUGAAGAACUGCUUUCUAUCUUUUUCAGCUACCUCAACGACUGGUGUUGGUGGACAGAUGAAUCGGCCUUCCUAUCCGGACUAUAUGCUAGUAUCACAAAUUCUUCACCUAAAAAUAUGCACUACUCUCCACUCCUUCACAAUGUCAUUCUCGCCCUAGCUUGCCAACUCUCCCCUCAGACUGUAUCCCCCAGCACUGAUCCGACCAUAGCUUGCAAUGUCGCCGAGGCUCUAGGUGAACGGGCAAGGGGGUAUAUCGAGGAAGAAGCCGACACUCCCCAACUCUCGACUGUGAAAGGAAUGAUGUUACUUGGAUCGUAUCACUGGUCCAGAGGAAAGCACUCUCUAGGGUGGUUCUACGAAGGUAUGGGAGUUCGGAUCGCUCAGAGGUUGGGAUUGAACGCCGAUUGCAGUGCUCUGGUCGCCCGAGGUCUUAUCACAGCAGAGGCCAAGACUCAUCGAGAUCGAGCCUUCUUCACGGUCUAUUGUCAAGACCAGCUUUGGUCUCUCGCUGUCGGAAGAACAGCUGGUCUGACGACGGAAGACUUUGUCACUCCUCUUCCAGAGAUCGACGCCGACAUCGAUGCUCAACCGUGGAUAGACCAUUACGCUCGACUGGAACGUCGUAAAGGUAUCCAUAUCCAGGGACCUCCCAGUUGGACGAGCACAGUAUUCAACUAUACCUGUCGGCUCGCGCUUCUGUCCGACCGUAUGCACUCGAUUUUGUAUCGUAUCCGCCCAUCUUUGGAUCCUGUCACGCAACAAAAUCUCGUCUCUGAACUUCAUCUGGACCUACACGCAUGGCUAAUGGAACUCCCCUCUCCCCUUCGACUCGAAUCAUCCCCCAACCCACCCCCUCAUAUCAUCAACCUUCAUGCAACUUGUCGGUAUUUGCAGAUACUCUUACAUCGUCCAACGUACACACAGCCUUUCUCCGAAGGUGACCCGGAUCGAGACUUGGCAAUACAGACAUGUAAUCUGGCAGCAGCUGAAAUUCUGCGCCUACUGCAAAUGUACAGCCGAUCCCCCGGUCUUCGCUAUUGCAGCACAACCAUCUGCAACGUGACCUUUACCGCUGGAACCAUCUUCCUACUCGCUGCUGUCAAAACGACAGAAGGGUGUAAAGCCAAUUCGCAAGCCCUGUCCGACGCCGCCAGUUGUAUCAUGUACCUCCGCGAGAUGUCCUGGCCCGCUGCACAUCUCGGUGGGGAUAUCCUCGCACAUAUGAAGGAAGAUUGGUGUCCAUCUGCUCCUUUACCAGCUUUGUCACAACCAUCUCGACGCGAAACACCCUCCAUAUCGGACAAAAGUAGCUUGGGAUUGCUGGGUAACAUAGAGGACUUGAAGGAUAAAAAUUCCGAGAUUGCUAGGUUCUUGACGAGUAUGGGCUGGCAACCCCCUCAAGAGGAUGUACAAAUAAGUGGGAUUGUCUCCGGGGAUGACGGAAGGGGAAAUGGGUUCCAGAGUGUUGAGAGAGAUAUGCAAGUGAGCAUGGCGGAUAUGGGUCAGAGGAGUCCUAUACCGGGAUUGGAGUUGAGUGGAAUGAUGGGGUUGAUGCCGGGUAAUCUUGGUCAGCUUUGGUCAUCACAGGAAGAAGCAUGGCUUCCAGCUUUCCCGGGAGAGGACUGGUUCCAAUUUACAGGAAGAUAGAGAAGGGAUUGUGCGGGAUUCGAAUACAAUUUUGAUGGUAGUACCUGUAUAGCUUUUGAUGGGAAGGUCCGUGUGUGUAUCAUCAGAUGAUGUAGAGUACCAGUGUUUAGAUGAUGCGAUGCAAACUUUCACGAUGCUCUUCGCAAUAACAC